AUGUCGUCCGAGUCCACACAGUCCAAAGCUUGCUGCGACACUCCCGCAGUUGUGUCAAAAGGCUACAAGCCCAAGGGUGACUACAUCACCGCCGACGGCCUGAAAACAUAUGCCACCGGCUCUAAGGACGCGAAACGCGGUAUUCUCGUCGUCUACGACAUCUUCGGCUACUUCGAUCAGACCCUGCAGGGUGCCGACAUUCUCGCAUACGGAGACAAGGAGCAGCAAUACCAGGUCUUCAUGCCUGAUUUCUUCGAGGGCGAACCCGCGGACAUCAGCUGGUACCCACCGCAGAACAAGGAGCACGAGCAGAAGCUCGGCGAGUUCUUCAGCUCGAAGGCUGCGCCGCCGAAGACCUUGCCCAGGAUCCCUAAGAUCGUGGAGGAGUUGAGCAAGAGCAAGGGUAUCGAGUCCUGGGGUAUCAUUGGAUACUGCUGGGGUGGAAAGAUUGUUAACCUUUCCUCUCAACAAGGCACCUCUUUCAAGGUCGCGGCUGCUUGCCAUCCCGCCAUGGUCGAUGCAAACGAUGCUCCCGGGGUCACCAUUCCUUAUGUCAUGCUUCCCAGCAAGGACGAGCCCAGAGACGACGUGGAGAAGUGGGAGAAGGGUCUCAAGGUGCCCCACCUUGUCGAAUGGUACCCGACUCAGGUCCAUGGGUGGAUGGCAGCAAGAGCAGACUUGGAGGAUGCGGAGGUCAAGAAGGAGUAUGAGCGUGGAUAUCAGACUGUCCUGAGCUUCUUCCACAAGCAUUUGAGCACAAACUCCAAACUUUAG